AUGUCUGAUCGGUAUUUUGGAGACGGCCGCCGUCGACAGGUGACCGGCUUCGGCUCGAGUAGUCGGAGGACAGCCCUCGGAUACUGGGUUCCUCUUGCGAUUACAGUUUCCGUUGCCGCAGUUGGACUAGCUGCCUGGGUUUGGAGUGAGCGGAAUGAGGGUGACGGGGACGAAUACGGCGAAGGACAGCACUCCCAGACUCCGAUCAAGCUAUAUCCAGAAUCGGAAUCUUCUAGACAUGCCGACUUAAGCGAUUCUCACGAACACCCUCGAUUGCCGGAUGGAGAUAAUAGUAUGAUAUCUCGGAUGCAAGAUGCCUGGCGCCAGGCGCCCAGCCCACAACAAUGGCUGGAUGGUGCCAGUAAGAAAGUUGUUGCUGGUGUCGCCGCAGCUGGCGCUGCUGUAGGAGGCGCGCUGAGUGCUAUUCGCGAAGAGGAACAUAGUGACCUUGAUGAUAGUCCCCGAAACGCCAAUCAACAGGGCCAUCCCGCAACAACAACAGGUCCUGGAACUAGCACUAUACCUUAUGGAACUUCCGGACCACCCUUCUCUAAACCCACCACUAGGAGGAUUAGGACCAUAGCCAUUGUCAUAUCGUCCAUUUCCAAAAAUGAAGCAGACGAGGAUAUCUCUGCUCAUACCUCUAUUCUAGCACAUUUACCUGCAUACAUCGAACCGGAUACUGCCCGUAUAUUUGUUUUGAUAUAUGCACCGGGAGUCCAGCCCCGGGCAUCUGAGGGCACCUCAACCCGCCCUUCGCUGUCAGUCGCCUCGUCUUACUCUAACAUCAGCCCCGGGGAAGCCACUAACACUGGCUCUGCGGAAUCUGCUUUCCUCAAAGACGUGAAACCAAAGCCUGCGUCAGAUGACUUCCCUUCUGCGCCUAGGUUCUUCAAAGCUCUUUACAGUCAAGCGCAGGCUCUUGUUGAUAAGGAAACAAUGAUCAUCCCAUUCGCCACUCCCGCCGGCCAUUUACAUAUCCUUCGACAUCUCUCACCUGAUUUUGUUUAUAUACAAGAGAGCCUUACUGGCACUGGUGGUGAGAUCGUUCAUAAUUUAACAGGAUGGGUGCGGCAGGUUGUUGUAGUAGUGGGCGACGAGCACCGUGGGGUGCUGGUAGAUUCCGAGGACGAGUCUGCUUCGGCUGAACAGAGAGAACGGUGGUGGCAGAAAGAAGGGGUCCUUGGGCUGGGGAAACAGAUUGACGUUGUAGAUGGAGUGCGAGUGGGUGACGAUUGGAAACGAAGGGUGUGUGGGCACGAAUAA